AUGGCAGCCAUUCUAUCAAGUGCAAUAUUUCGUCGUCAAAAUUCUCGAUACAUUAGCUUAUAUAAUGAUGCUUUAAUCUCUACAAAUUCCACACCACUUUCAACCUAUAUGCAAACGUUUUGGAGAGAUUCUCAAAGAAAAGCCGGUACUUUAUUUGGCUUGGCUCAAAUAUUAGGACCUAUUUUAUGGGCUGUUCCAAAGAAAAAAACUUCACAUUCAAAAAAGAGAAUGCGUUCUGCCAAUAAAGGAUUGAAAGAUAAAACAAACAUAGUCGACUGUCUUGGUUGUGGUCAAAAACACUUG